AUGUUACACUAAAAAAAGACUCUAAAUUUCUGUGAUCAGUUCCAACUGUUCUAAGACAUAAAUUUCAAAGUUAUCCCAAUAACUAAAGUAAAUCAAUCUAAUUAUGAUCUCCUAGAAAGAAAAAAGAUAAUAUCAUCGGUAUUUUGAAGAUGAAUCUAAUUAAUCAAUUGCCGAGGAUAUCUUUCAAUAGAUGGGAAACACUAUUGAUGAGAAAGAACCAUUAAAAUUAAACAUAAAUUCAAAUGGAAAUGAUAAUUGGAAAACCUUUUAUGCUUUUCGAUUGAAUUAACUAAAACCAAUUAGAUUAGAUUUAAACCAUAAUGAAUUAACAUAAUUAAUUUCAGAAGAAUGGAAGAAAAUUAAAAUUAAAAAUAUAAAAAAAAGUGAUAUCAUUCCAAUUUAAAAGAUUAAUCGUUAGAAAAUAGCUAAAGGUAAAAAUUAGUAACCAAAAUUCAGUCAUUAAAAAAAAUAAUUAUUACAAAAUGAGAAUUAAUCUUCAAACAAUAAAUUUUUAGAAAAUAUUAAAGAAACUUCAUUUAAAAUAAUAAUCAAUGGAAAAAGUUAUGAACUAUUAGGAGAUACUUUGGUAAAAGCUAUUUAAAAUAAAACUAAUGAGAUUUUCUUAUAAGAUAAUGAAAAUGAAUCAAUUUGUUUUGAAUCAUCAAGUGAUUACUAUAGUCACACUUUCAUGACUGAAAAGGAUGAUGAUAAUUUAGUGAUCGAAAAUAAACUAAAUUCAUUUUUGUGA